CACGCGCGGUUCUAUUAAGAGAACAAAGUCUUAGCCAAAGCCAAUCUCCGAAACCCAUUUCAAACUCUUAUAUAACAUUUUCACACAGCUCCACUUUGAAUCUCACAGAGAAAAAACACAGAGAAAGCGAGAGCGAGAGAGAGAGAGAAAAAGAGAAGAGUUGUUUGACGCGACGAAAUGGCUGGCUCGUGGAGAGCACGCGGGACUCUUGUUGUACUAGCAAUCGUUUUCUUUGGAUGUCUCUUUGCAAUUUCCAUUGCAAAAGAGGAAGCCACCAAGUUGGGAACAGUUAUUGGCAUUGAUCUUGGCACAACUUAUUCGUGUGUUGGUGUUUACAAGAACGGCCAUGUUGAAAUCAUAGCCAAUGACCAAGGUAACCGUAUCACCCCAUCGUGGGUUGCUUUCACCGACAGCGAAAGACUGAUCGGUGAGGCUGCAAAGAACCAGGCAGCUGUUAACCCCGAGAGGACCAUCUUUGACGUCAAGAGACUUAUCGGAAGAAAGUUUGAGGACAAGGAGGUUCAAAAGGACAUGAAACUUGUUCCAUACAAGAUUGUGAACAAGGAUGGAAAGCCUUACAUUCAGGUACGGAUCAAGGAUGGUGAGACCAAGGUUUUCAGCCCUGAGGAGAUCAGUGCUAUGAUUCUGACUAAGAUGAAGGAAACAGCUGAAGCAUUCCUUGGGAAGAAAAUCAAGGAUGCCGUGGUCACAGUUCCUGCAUACUUUAACGAUGCCCAGAGGCAGGCUACCAAGGAUGCAGGUGUUAUUGCUGGAUUGAAUGUUGCCAGAAUUAUCAAUGAACCAACUGCAGCCGCUAUCGCAUAUGGUUUGGACAAGAAGGGUGGUGAGAAGAACAUCCUUGUCUUUGACCUUGGUGGUGGGACAUUCGAUGUCAGUAUCUUGACAAUUGAUAAUGGUGUUUUUGAGGUUCUUGCCACCAAUGGAGACACUCAUCUUGGAGGUGAGGACUUCGAUAUGAGAAUUAUGGAGUACUUCAUCAAAUUGAUUAAGAAAAAGCAUAACAAGGACAUCAGCAAGGACAACAGAGCUCUUGGGAAGCUCAGAAGGGAAGCUGAGCGUGCCAAGAGAGCUCUUAGCAGCCAGCAUCAAGUCCGUGUGGAGAUUGAAUCACUUUUUGAUGGUGUUGACUUCUCUGAACCAUUGACCCGAGCUCGGUUUGAGGAGCUGAACAAUGAUUUGUUCAGAAAGACUAUGGGACCUGUGAAGAAGGCUAUGGAUGAUGCUGGAUUGGAGAAGAAUCAGAUUGAUGAGAUUGUUCUUGUUGGUGGAAGCACUAGGAUUCCAAAGGUACAACAGCUUCUUAAGGACUACUUUGAUGGGAAGGAACCAAACAAGGGUGUGAACCCAGAUGAGGCAGUUGCUUAUGGUGCUGCUGUACAAGGAAGCAUCUUGAGUGGAGAGGGUGGUGAAGAAACCAAAGAUAUCCUUCUCCUGGAUGUGGCUCCCCUGACCCUCGGAAUUGAAACUGUUGGUGGAGUGAUGACCAAAUUGAUUCCAAGAAAUACUGUUAUCCCAACAAAGAAAUCUCAGGUUUUCACUACUUACCAGGACCAGCAGACUACUGUCUCCAUUCAGGUCUUUGAAGGUGAAAGGAGUCUCACAAAGGAUUGUAGGAAUCUUGGGAAAUUUGAUCUUUCUGGAAUUCCUCCAGCCCCAAGGGGAACCCCUCAAAUUGAAGUCACAUUUGAAGUUGAUGCAAAUGGUAUCCUAAACGUCAAGGCAGAAGACAAGGGCACUGGUAAAUCAGAGAAGAUCACCAUCACAAACGACAAGGGUCGCCUGAGUCAGGAGGAGAUUGACCGUAUGGUUCGUGAAGCAGAGGAGUUUGCUGAAGAAGACAAGAAGGUGAAGGAAAGGAUUGAUGCUCGUAACAGCCUGGAGACCUAUGUCUACAACAUGAAAAACCAGGUCAGCGACAAAGACAAGCUUGCUGACAAGCUUGAGGAAGAUGAAAAGGAAAAAAUUGAAACCGCUGUGAAGGAUGCCCUUGAAUGGCUUGAUGACAACCAGAGUGCCGAGAAAGAGGACUACGAUGAGAAGCUCAAAGAAGUGGAAGCCGUUUGUAACCCAAUCAUUACCGCUGUUUAUCAGAGGUCAGGUGGUGCCCCAGGAGGUGAGUCAGAAUCAGCGGAGGAUGAUGAUUCACAUGAUGAGCUUUAGACAUCUUUAAUUUCAUUUUAGUACUGCUGAGGAAGCGGGAAUGAGAAACUGAGAUUGAGGAUAUAGAAUUAGAACAAUGAGACAUUUACUGUAAUUUUUCUGGUGGUGGGAAGUUGAGGGGGGAAGAACGAAAUUUUCCCCUACUUCGCUUGUUUUUUGAGGUGAAGAUACUUUCAGGUCUUUCGGUAUUAGUAAUUUUACUUGUAUUUGUUUCUUUUUAUGUUAAAAGCAACCUUUUCUAA